AUGGACCAUGGAUGUCAGACCCAAGUAGGUUGGAGAAAACAUUCAGGAAACUCAAAGCAGCCAACAGGCUUGAUGAAGUCGAAGUUUCAGUGGUUCGAUACAAUGUGGAAUUCAGUCGACAUGAUGCGUACGGAUGGUUGGUCCGAAGAUGAAAUCGAGUCGGCCUUGGAAAGAUACUAUGUUGGCUUGAAUGCCCGAGCUAUCUACUACCGCCUUUGGUAUUCCCAAGGAUGGGUUACGGCUGGUCAUGAUCUCUGGGCACCAUCACUUGAUGGCAUUGAUUGGAAUCAUUCCAGCGAGUCCAGUCGCCGCUCUAGAGCAAAAACUCUUCUUAAGCGUAUUCUCAACAAUGAACGAUGGCGGAAGGGCGAAUAUGCAUGGGCAGCUGACGCCUGGACGCAUGUUUUCGGUCAAAUGAGAGAUGACGCAGUUUUGACCGUCAAUAAACACGAAUACAACACUAUCAAGUUGAAGAGAGAUCCCGUGUCUUGUUUAUUGGUGGGUGAGCCCAAGUUUAUCAAGAGGAUUCCGGAUGCGACAUUUGGCCUUGCGACCUUCAAACCGAGAGACUACCAGAACCCUCUAGCAGAGUGGAAUCUAGACCAUGACCGCCUUGAAGCACUCCUACUCCAUCGACAUUGCGGCCUUAUCUCUGACCCACGCUGGGGUGACGCGGAUCUUGCAUUUCCUUUCGCAGUUUAUGAAGCUAAAGGAUGGAGCGGGGAUGCCCAAGAAGCACGCCGACAGGGAUGUUCAGCGGGGGCAGUAUAUCUUGAUAUGUUAGAUAAUCUUGCACGCCAGCCUGGAAAGGCUAGCAGCAAGAACAGGAAGUAUCGAUCGGCAGGGGGCCGCAGCAACAAUCAAGUCUUCAUCUUUACUUUCUUUGGAGCCCACUGGCAUAUCCUGGUUGGGUAUAAAAGACCCCGACUCGAAAGAGAGUAUGCGGGACAUGAUGGAUUUAGUGAGUCUGUUUAUAUCCUUCAGAGAAUCUGGAGCGGCCGUGUCGUGACUCCACGAAAAGCUUGGGAGUUCUUAUCGUUGGUUGAUCAGAUACACCUCUGGGGAGUGACUGACUUCAGGAACUCCAUUAUUAACCGCUUGAACGAUUGGCAUGAAUUCCGUGGGGGAUGUUACGCCAACGACGUUGCCUGUAUGUUUAGAGAGGUCGGCACAGAUAGAUUGACACAUGAUGGGAAAGUAUACCGGGGCAUGCCGGAGGCUUGCCUACAACUUGCAGACUGGGCUAAGCAUCUCUCAGAAGAAGCUCGCAGCAAGCUACGGGAAAGAGUGAUCUCCCAUUUCCAACAAGCUCACCAAAGAGACCUUCCGGAUCUAACAGAUAACUGGCCGGCAGCUAUAACUUGCCUUCUGGAUGACUGUGGUCCCGUGGGCACUCCAGGAUACCCUAUCCAAUCUAAGAAAGAGAUGGCGGCGCACUACCGCGAGGUCCACGGAGAAGAUGAUGAAGUGAUAGCUGAUCUCGAGCGCCUUUGGGAUGAACGGGAAGAGACCAACAACGAUGAAAACCCCGUGCAGCAUACGAAAAGGCAGAGGUCAGAGAGCGGAGAACCUAGAUCAUGCACAAAGCGGUAUAAAUACAUAUACUAUGAGCCGUUCUCGAUUCAUGAGCGGACUAGUUGA